CUUUCAAAAUAAACCAAAGCAGGACUGAAAUUCGUGUAGUCAGUUUAGUGACAAAAACAAGAAAAAAGAACUGGGUCAGCAAUGGGGGCGCUCAGUCGGCAGCAGUUCUUUGAGGAGAUUCCCUUGGGCUGUUUGCUUCCAACUGCCCAACAGGGUAUACUGCAAGUGUGGCAACUGCUGCUCAUGUGUUUGGUGUGCAGACUGCUGUGGAGAAUAGGUUACCUGCCUUCUUACAUCAAGCACCUGAGCACAGUUGCCAGUGGCUUUUACAUCCUCUACCUGUUCUUUGAGCUGCACAUGGUGUGGGUGGUGCUGCUAAGCCUUCUCUGCUACCUCAUUCUCUUUCUGUGCCGCCACUCCAGCAGCCGUGGCCCCUUUCUUUCUAUCACUGUCCUCAUUUACCUGCUGCUUGGGGAGCUCCAUAUGAUGGACACCAGCAGCUGGCACAAAAUGAGAGGUUCUCAGAUUGUAGUUGCCAUGAAAGCCAUCUCUCUUGCCUUUGACUUGGAUAAAGGCAUAGUAGAACACGUUCCAUCUCCAGUUGAGUUUAUGGGCUAUAUUUAUUUUGUGGGCACUGUCAUUUUCGGGCCUUGGAUCAGUUUCAACAGCUACAGGGCAGCAGUAGAAGGCCAACAGUUUAGUGUGUCCUGGUUGGUAAAGGUUGUCUGCAGCUGGAUAAAGUGCCAGCUCUGCCUGCUGGUCUCAAACUGUGUUUCUCCCUAUCUCUUUCCAUAUUUUAUUCCUAUUUUUGGGAAUAAACUGCUCCACAAUAAAAAAAGGCGAAAGAUCAGAGGAUCUAUAAUAAGGUGGUUGAUGGCCUACGAACACACUCUGUCCUUCCAUUUUAGUAACUAUUUUGUUAGUUACCUUAGUGAAACCACCACCACACUGGCAGGUGCUGGCUUUACAGAAGAAAAGGAUCAUAUUCAAUGGGAUCUUAUGAUGGCUAAGCCUCUAAAUAUUGAGUUUCCCAGAUCUGUGGUGGAGGUUGUAACAUCCUGGAAUCUGCCCAUGUCUCGCUGGCUUAAUAUUUAUGUAUUUAAGAAGGCUCUUAAAUUUGGGAAGCUUCAUGCGAUUCUUCUCACUUAUACCACCAGCACUUUGCUACAUGGAUUAAGCUUCCACAUUGGAGCAGUGUUAAUUACCCUUGCCUUCAUGACUUACAUUGAGUAUGAAUUGAGAAAAAGACUGUCCACCAGGUUUAAUGCUUGUAUCCUCGCCAAGAGAUGUCCUCCAGACUGCAAACAUAAAAACAAGAAGGCAUUUUGGGUGUACUUAAUUAAUGGAGCUUUUAGUGUUAUAGCAGUGCUCCACCUCACCUACCUGGGCUUGGUCUUUGGCACCAGUCCUGAUGAUAUAGACUCAGAUGAGGGUGGUGUCUUCGGUCGUACCAUUCGUAAAUGGACUGAACUGAACUGGACGGGUCAUUGGCUGACCUUCGGCCUUUGGGUUGUAUACCGUCUUAUUAUGUGAACAUUUAACACUUACUUAUGGGCAGAUCAUGAGAGAAGGCAAAAAGUAAACAUGGAGGUGACUUAUCAUUUGAGACUGCAAUGGACAUCACUGUGAUGCAUUAGACCAGAGAAGAACUUCUCCAACAAAUCCUCAGAAACUUUAUAUUUGCUGCUUAUCCUCAGUGCAGUCAAUACAUAGGCGCUGUGGUUUCUCUGCAUAUUUAAAACUGCCUCUUUUUUCUAGGAAAUUUAUUUGUCUAUGUAUACAGGAAUAUUCAAGCAAGAGACUUUAGUGAACAAGAGUAAUAAUUGUUUUAGGAUUUUAAGAUUUUAAAAUGUGCAUAACUCACAUGUAACAUGUUUUAGA